AUGUCAGAACCUCUCAGUGUUGCCGCCAUCCUAGGCGGCAUGGCAGAUGCCCUUCCUACACAUCCCCAAAACGACGAUUCAUCAGAUCUUGCGUCCUGUUACGAAGUCAUCGCUCUACUCAACCACUCUUACCUUUCCGCUCUUGGAUUUAAGCUCCAGGGCUUCCACGAGGAUAAGAAGCUUUCUGAAUGCGAGUCACUUGCUCCUCGCCUGCCGCCACAAUGGAACUCGGGCUUUGGCUCUUACAGCUUUGUGUAUUCACACAAACAGUCCGCCAUGACUUUCAGUUUCCGCGUUGAUCGUAUGGGCAAGAAAGUUGAGGUUAGAGGAUUAGCUGUGGGAGACGACAACAUUCGUCGUUUUGAACGAUCUAUCAGCGAAGUUGUGGAUUCUAAGAAACUCCCUAUUCGCAUCACAAUGAAUGAUAACGGAGAAGACCGAGGCGAUCUCGUUGAUAAGCUUCGUGGCGUAUUUACAUCAGAGCAAGCUAUUGCUGAUUUCCUCCAUGACCUGAAGGUCAACAUCGUUCAAAAGCUCAUUCCCAGACUACAAAGUGAAGGAUAUGUAGAGACUGCCGAGGCAGAGGCCAACGCAGAUUCAGAACGCCGAGCUCAAGAAGCACAGAACCCUUACCGCCCAUUCCGUGGCGAUCCUGUGCCAAACCCAAAUAUGCCUCCACCUCCAGCAAACCCACUUCCAGAGAUGGCUCGACCUCGACCUCAUCCCGUUGGCGAUUUCCCUCCUCCAGGCUUUGAGGAUGAGUAUGAGAUGAACAGACCACCAAGAGGUGCACUUCGAAUGCCGGGCGGGUCCCCUUUCAACAUCGGGCACGACGACCUGAAUCCUCCUGGUCUUGGUCCGAAUGAUCCUCUGCGUGGCUCGUUCAUUGGCGGAGGAUUGCCUCGACCUGGUGGUAGCUCAGGUAUGCAUCCCACCUUCGACGAUCCGUUAUUUGGAGGUCAGGGGCCCGAUGCACAGGGAGGGUAUGAUCCUCAGGCUCCUCCCGGCGCACGAUGGGACCCUACUGGCCCCGCUGGCAACCCCAGAUUCCCUGGACCUGGCGGGCGAGGCAAUCACCCUUUCGGGGGAGGAGGCUUUGGCGGCGGUUUUGGCGGGCACAUAAUCUGA